GGAGCCAGUGCCUGUCAUGUGGGACGGGGCAGGAACCAGCUCUGAAACUAGAGCAAGGACCAGUCACCCACGAUUGCAGGAAUGUGCUCCCUGCCCAUGGCAAGAUACUACAUAAUUAAGGAUGCUGAUCAGAAGGCUCUAUACCUAAAAGGCGACCAGCUCCUGGUAGGAGAUCCCAGUGUGGACAACUGCUGUGCAGAGAAGAUCUGUAUACUUCCCAACAGAGGCCUAGACCGCACCAAAGUCCCCAUUUUCCUGGGAAUGCAGGGAGGCAGUCGCUGCCUGGCCUGUGUGGAGACAGAAGAGGGGCCUUCCCUGCAGCUGGAGGAUGUGAACAUCGAGGACCUGUACAAGGGUGGGGAGCAGGCCACACGCUUCACCUUCUUCCAGAGAAGCCUGGGCUCAGCCUUCAGGCUCGAGGCUGCUGCCUGGCCUGGCUGGUUUCUCUGUGGCCCAUCUGAGCCCCAGCAACCUGUACGACUUGCCAAGGAAAGUGAGCCAUUUCCCUGCACCGAGUUCUACUUUGAACAGAGUCGGUAGCCGAAGCAGGAGGCUGAGUUGCAGGCGGGUGCUUCCAAACCAGGCUCCCCCUUCUCAGGGUCAGUAAUAGGCAGAGUAAUGCCCCCCUAAAGAUGUCCACGUCCUAAUCCCCAGAAUCUGUGAAUACGUUACCUACAGGGCAAAAGCGACUUUGUAAAGUGAUUAAGGUAAGGAUCUUAAGAUGGGAAGACCACUGGAUAACCCCAGUGGGCCCGGUAUACCCACAAGCGUCCUCAUAAGAAUGAGGCAGGAUGGUAAGAGCCAGAGGCUGGAAGAUGCUAUGCUACUAAUCUAAUUUCGAAUGUAGCGGACAAGACUAUCAGCCA